UGUUCAUUGUAGUGUUAUUUUCAGUUUGUUUAUUUUGUCCACCCUCCGAGAUAAGAAGUGCAAGAGACAUAGUUUCUGUAAUAGCCACUGCUGUAAAAACACUGAAGACUACUUGUUUGCCAAAACCAAAUCCAAACCAAAAGAACUGCAAAAAAACAUACCAAAAAGUCACCCCGUUGAAUAGGACACCUGCUCACUGUGGUAUUCCAGAUCAAGAUUCACAGAACAGGAUCCCUGCUAGCUGUGUGUUUCAUUGCUUUCUCUGCUGCCUGGAAAUGGACUGAAAAACUCCUAAAGGAUUUCUUAUUCCUUGAAAGAAAAUGUGGACAGUAAAAUCAGCAGUUCCUGUGAGUUGACAAUCACUGAUCAUCAGUCAGCACAUCAGUCUGCACAAAUUACAGAAAGGAAACAUUCAGGGAAGAAAGAAAAAAAGGAGAGCUGUCUUUGCUGUUGUGCAGACUUUAGCCAUGGACCUGCGUGGACAACUGGAUAAUACUGAGAGGAACUGGAAUAAAGAAAAAAUGGAAUUGCUGGAGAGAUUUGACAAUGAAAGGAAAGAAUGGGAAUGUCAAUGGAAGGUCAUGCAGAAGAAAAUAGAAGAGCUUUACCAGGAGGUAAAACUUAGAAGGGAGAGCAAUAUGACUGUCCAUGAUAGCAAGGCCAUUCAGAGCAAGAUGCUGCAGCUGUCCAUGCAUUCCCCUGCUUUGCAAGAAACUGACACAGCAGAGCUGAACCGUCAACACAAUGUGGCAAACAACAGAAUGGAGAAAGGGAAUCUGCUUGGUGUACACCAAUGGAAGGAGCCCAAAGACACCAGCAGAAACCAUAUUCUGUUAGUGGACAAUCUGGCCUUUGAGAACCACAAAGAACCUGAAGACAGCCUCACCAUUAAAACUUCUGAUCAAAAUACCAAGAAUUAUAUUGGUGAUCUCAAUGUAGCUCUUAAAGAACUUGCCAGAGUCAGUGAAGAAUUAUGCAGCUAUCAAGAGGAAAUUCGAAAGAAAUCCAAUCACAGAAGAAUGAAGUCACUUCCUUUCCUGGGGGAAUUUGAGGAAACCCAAAACACAGUUAUUCUGCCUGAGAUGAACCAUGUGUCCAGCAAUGAAUCACAGACUUCAGUUGCUUUUGAAACAGAGGAACAUAAUAAUAGAAAGAAUCUGAUGAGCUCCACCAAGGCUUUGAAGGACAUUUCUUAUGGUAGUCUUACUGGUGGCAUAGGAACAGAUUUCAGACCCUGGCAAAAGAAAGAAGCUCCACCAGUUCCUCCACGGAGCACUUCUCGGCACCUAACUAACUCACUUUCUGCAGUCAUACAGCUUUCAGAAGCACCCGUAAGAGAUCCAGGCAUCAAAAGCAAUUGCAAGGCUCAGGAUUGUUGGAAUGGGGGGAAACUGAGGAAUCCUUCACCUGUAAACAAAAAUCAAUCUGCAGUAGCCUGUGCAAAUGAAGGUCAGGCUGUGAAAGUCCCUGUGAUGGUAACUGCUGCAAUACCUGUAACCAAAAAUGAGUGCAAUGUUCCAACAAAUUUUUGUCACAACACAUGGGCAUAUGAUAUGGGCAAGCUUGGAAAAGACAAUAAAAAUGAGCCUUCCCCACUGUCAGCCCAAAAGAGUUGUUCAGAUGGAAAUAUGGCCCAAAGCAACAAGAUGCAUCAGAAACAAAACACAAAGUCUCACAGCAGCCCUUUUUACAGUAAUGACUUUUAUGCCCCUGCUACCUCGCACAAUGGUCUUUUGGAAGACGCCAGGUAUCCUUUGGGAAAGACCCAAAGGAAUGAAACGCUAGCAGCAAAGAUUGAUGAGUUUAAUCGGACUAUAUUUCACACAGAUAAAUGUAACAAUGCUCUGCAGGAAAAUCAGGUGCCUCAAACAGCAUCAGAAGAUCACAAACCCUGUGUGACUCUGUGUGACUCUGCUGCUAGCAGGGCAGAAACUGUAAAUACAUCUUGUGUUUCAAAUCCCAAGCUCUCUGCAACAAAGGAGCAAGAAACUAACAACCCCAGCAAAGCUGUCAGGACAGCAGGGCAACAAAAACACAUGAAUGGACUUCCAAAUACUAGUGGUUAUAGGCACAUGCUUCACGAGCAUGACUGGAGACCAAGUAAUUUAUCCGGCCGCCCGCGUUCAGCUGACUCAAGGUCCAACUAUGGUGUUGUUGAAAAGCUUUUGAAAAACUAUGAAAAAUCAACUGCGACUUCUCCGUAUAAUUCAAAAUGCUGCAAAGAUAAGAGGACACAGGCAAAUUCUGAAUUCACCAAUGGGGGUUGCGAGACACUGAGUCAGUAUUUAGAAAUGCUCCAGAUUGAGCAAGAAAAACAAGACUUCCCAAGGAAUUCAGCCAGGCAUAUUGGGCAGCAACUCAAGCAAGGAAAAGAGAGACAGAAGUUACCAGAGAUAUGUGUGCCAGUGAAAUGUUCAAGUGAGAAGGGCUUCUCCCGUCCCGCUCGGCCAGCAAAUCGACGCCUACCUUCCAGAUGGGCAUCCAGAUCCCCUUCAGCACCGCCUGCUGUGAGAAGAGCAGUGUACAACUCUGUCUCCUUUCGGUCAGAGACCUCAGUAGUCUGAACCCAGAGCUGGGUUGGAUGGUGUUGUGAAAGCUCUAUGCCUCACUAUAACUGUGUUUGGUAUGUGUCGUAGCAACCAGUUCCACACUGUUGUGUUUUGUCCAAGAGUGACCCCCACCACAUGCUGGACAAAGCAUUCUGAAUCUUAGGUCAUCAUCACCAUGGUCUUCAGUGUUUUUAUUGAGAUGAAAUAUAGAUAUCCCUGGUUUUCUCUGUUUUUUGGGGUUUUUUUUAAUAAUUCACAAGGAAUUUCUUUUGAACGGCAUCUUUCUCAAUUUGUUGAUCAAUUUUUGAGUUGAAACAAUGUAUAGUGCUGUAUAUUCUGACUUUUCUGCAAACAGCAGAAUGUAAAGCUGUAUGCAUGAUCAUGUGUUUGUAGGUGCAUGUGUUGGACUAGGAAGUAUACUGGCCUGUAUUUAGAAGAGACAAACUGUGCUAGUGUUGACAUUGAAAUUACAACCUAUAUGCCUACAUAUAUAUAUAUAUAUAUAUAUACUUUGUGUUUAUUUUAAAAAGUUUGAAAUAUACAGUCCCGAUGACAUUUAUAUUUUGUAUAUCUUUUACAUAGGUUCACAGGUGUAGUAUUUAAUGUAAAAAAACUAAAUAUGCAUUUUUUGUGACUGAUCGCAGUGAUAAUGCCUUGCACAAUAUGUAUCUGAAGCAGACUAGCUUGACUGAUUUGUCAGUCAUGCUUCUUGGCAUCCUCGUUCAGUUUCCUAACCCUAAUGCUAGGUCAAAAUUCCCAAACAUAUUUUUUCUGAAUUAAAAUAUUAUAUGAUUUGUAAUACAUUAGCCUUUUUCAGCACCAGAGACAUUUCUGAAAUGUUCCAAACCCUUUACAAAGCUUAAAUGUGCCAUUAUAUAUAUAGCAUACUGUAAACACUUUGGUAGAUUCAGCUACUCUAACAUACAAUUUAUGAAGGGAAGAAAAGAGUUGUAUAUGCUCAAUUCUGUAAAGCUUAUUUUUCCUUCUAGCAUUAUACUUUGAGGUUUGGCAAAGUCAGAUAACAAUGGACUUGUUUACUUUCACUCAAGGCAGGAGAACAAGCACCGUUGCUCCCAGUGCUGCAGCCACUCCUUUUUUACUCUUCUCCUAGACUAGAGUGCCUGAACCACUUGCUAAUUCCCUGCUCCUGGACUGACUCGUGGCAGUCAGUUAUGAAGUUUACUUGCACUCUGGCAACAAGCUGCAUCUAGUAGGGAAAUACUGCAUCGAAGUAUGAUCACAAUGGUGCCCGAAAUCCUGACACAUGGCAUUGCGACUCUGCUGUUGCCAUCACUUGACUUGGUAUUGUUUGCCAUCUGAAUGACAUGCACAGAGCCUGCCUUGUUCCUUCUCACAGAGUGAAAGAAGUAUGGAUGCUGCCCAGGCUCUGAACUUUCAGAAAGACAGUGUCCUUCCUCCUGGAAUUUUUGCACCUUUCGUUAGGCUGUUGCUGGAUACACAGUGCAGUAAUGAUGACAAAUGUUACCUUUAAACAACAUGUCUAGGUCAGAAGGAGUAAAAAGGCACUUCUUCAACAUCAGCCUGAUCUUGUCUGGCAACUUUUCUUCUUCUGAAGAAACAUAGUGUGUUCAAAGGAAUUUCAAAAAUCAUCCCAGGAUCCAUUAAUGUGCGCCAUCUUCUUAUGUGAAUGUAAAAAGGAUUUCAGAGAGAGUAUAGGCUUUUGUCCUAGUGAAUUGUAUAUGUGGCAAUAUAGGGAAAAUUUAAUGUGCUUAAUUUGGUAGUGAUCUGUUGUUCUAUUCCAGUCAUGUUGAGAAUUCACACUUUUUUCCUUCCUUUAAGGACCUUAUUCUUCUUUCCUCUGGAACAACUUUGAUUUUGAAGAGAGAGAAAACAGGAGGCCCUGUGUUCUGAGCAAUAGCCUGUGUGGUAGUAUUGGUAACAGUUCAGGCUUGCAAAUACUGGAGUGAGCAGGCAUUAGAGCCACAAAUCCCAAUUUAUCGUGCCAUUGUGGCUGUCUGCUUGGCCAAAAAUACACUCAGUAUAAUUUGCUCUAUCUGAACUUCUGGUCCUUUCUAGGUCUAUCCCACAAUACAUGAAGACUUCAAGUAAAUCAACAAUUCAUCAAAACUUACUCAGACAUUGCAAAGUUAUUUGUGGAAUAGAUACAAGGACAGAAAAUUUGAAGAAAAUUCAUACAGUUUGGAUAGAGAAAAAAAAAAAUCUGUGUGCUCAAGUGAAGAAUCAAGGGUUCUAUAAAUUUGACUGUUUGCCCUUAUUUAGAAAUUGCACUCCAUUAGCUUCCUCAGCACUAGAAAAAUUAGACAUGAUUCAUGGUAAAUUUGGAACAUGGUUUAAUAUUCUAUUUAACUGUGGAAAUUAACAAACCAAAAUACCUUGCAAAUUGACCUUUUAAAUGCCUAAGUAGCUGACCAGCUUUGAAUGCCUAAUGCUGAGGAAAGGGUAAUAUGAGAGAAUUGUAAAAAAAUGUGGUUCUUAAUUUCAGUCAAUGUUGACUGCAAAAACAUUUCUUUAAAUUACCUUUAUGGUGAAGUUAAGCAGUUUUGUUCUGAGAAAUUGUGAUGCAGUUUUGUUUGAAGUAUGUAACUCCAAAAGCAUUUCCCUUGAUUAGUCAGUGAAGGUGUUUCUUUAGUUCCCUUCAGUUUCUUUGGUUGCCUUUGACAUAGACCACAUUGUUGAAUCACAGAGAAAGGAUCAAAUGCCAACAACAUUCCCUGAUGUAUGUAAGUUAAAUGAACAGAAGGUUUUUGAAAUAAACGAAUAGGUCAAGGAUGA